AUGAGUCAUCCCAUUCCAAAUACUGCUGAAUCGCACUCAGUUCAGAUUAUACUACCACAGAAGCAGCUUGGCCGUAAAUCAGACAUGUAUGUUUUCUGUUGCUCCUACUCUCAUAACGUCGCAUCAAAGGGGAAGUUCAUUGCAUUCGUGUCCGCACAAGCAGAGACUGAUAAUCUACAGACAGAACUGAAGCCUGGGAUCGAUCUUCUUGAGCCAGUGGAUGAGUUAUUUUUGGACACAUAUGACAGAUAUGAACCUACUAAUGACUCGUCAUCAGACAAUUGUUACAUCUCAACAACUAGUGCAGGCGCAACAAUUUUGACUGAUGUCACAUUUUGGGGGCUCCUUGUGCCAUUUUUCUACCGUGACAAGUUUGGGUUAGCAUUGUAG